AAUGCGAAGAUUCCCCGUGGAAGUGCCGGAAUCGGUUGCGAAAGGCGAAAUCGGUACGAACUUUGUUCAGACCGAUGAGUCCACCGGGAAGCAAGGAGAAGACCCCAUCCUGAUGUUGCACGGGUUCGACUCGUCUUUGUUAGAGUUUAGAAGGUUGUUGCCGAAGCUGGGAGAACUGGGGGCCGAAGCGUACGCAGUGGAUGUCCUAGGAUGGGGCUUCACGGAUCUGGCAUCAGGGGAGAUCAAAUCCUUCGGGGCAGAAGCAAAACGGACGCACCUGAAGGCGUUUUGGCAACAGGCCAUGGGAGGACGCCCGAUGGUUCUCGUGGGAGCUUCUCUUGGCGGUGCAAUCGCCUUAGACUUCGCGCACGAGUUUCCGGAAGCCGUCAAGAAGCUUGUACUGAUCGACGCCCAAGGUUUCAUCGAUGGCUCUGGACCCGGUGCGUCUCUUCCUGGCCCCCUCGCGAAGCUUGGUAUCUCUGUUUUGGGAAGCAAGCCGUUACGCUCCCUUGCGAACCAGAUGAGCUACACCGACAAGAGCUUAGCAACCGAAGAUGCUGUGCGUGUUGGGCGGUUGCACACAAUGUGCGACGGCUGGGCGGACGCCUCUCUGCAGUACAUGUCGAGCGGAGGAUUCGCUGUCAGCACAAAAGUGCCGAGUAUCAACCAGGAGACGCUGGUGUUGUGGGGCCGGCAAGAUAAGAUCUUGGACCCUAAGCUUUACGCGGAAAGGUUCGUGGAUGAAAUGCCCGACGCUCGUUUGGUAUGGGUGGAGGAGUGCGGGCACGUCCCCCACCUCGAGCAGCCGGACGAGACGGCCAAAGCCAUUGUUUCCUUCGUCAAGGACGGAAACCCCGCAAAGGAAGUUUGCGGCACUUGCCAAGGCUCGGAAUUGCAAGCUUGUUACAAUUGCGACGGGCUGGGGAGCUACAAAACGUACGGAGUGGUCGUGACGUGUAAGGCUUGCAGAGGCUCGGGAAACAUCUUAUGCCGCUCAUGCUUCAAGGGAGAUCCGUGGGAUAUCAAGGCGGCGCGAACACGGGCUGAAGAGCGCCGAAAAGACGGUUUGUUGGGCCUUCGAAAUCCACCUCCUCUGGACGCACCGGAUGGGUUCUUACAAUAG